AUUGUACCCGGCCACGGCAGCCCAGAGCUGGUCUGGCCAUGGCCAUGAAGUAGCUGACCCAUCAUGCCCACUGUGGACGAUGUUCUGGAGCAGGUUGGGGAGUUUGGCUGGUUCCAGAAGCAGGCCUUCGUCACCCUAUGCCUGCUUUCAGCUGCUUUUGCACCCAUCUAUGUGGGCAUCGUCUUCCUGGGCUUCAUCCCUGACCAUCGCUGCUGGAGCCCCGGAGUGGCUGAGCUGAGCCAGCGCUGUGGCUGGAGCCUGGCCGAGGAGCUGAACUACACGGUGCCCGGCCCAGGGCCCGUGGGUGAGGCCUCCCCUGGCCAGUGCUGGCGCUAUGAGGUAGACUGGAACCAGAGCACUCUGGGCUGCAUGGACCCCCUGGCCAACCUGACCACCAAUAGGAGCCACCUGCCGCUGGGACCCUGUGGGGACGGCUGGGUGUAUGACACGAAUGGUUCCUCCAUUGUCACCGAGUUUAACCUGGUGUGUGGUGAUGCCUGGAAGCUGGACCUCUUCCAGUCCUGCGUGAACGUGGGCUUCUUCCUCGGCUCGGUGGUCAUCGGCUACAUCGCAGACAGGUUUGGCCGUAAGCUGUGUCUGCUGGCCACCGUGCUCGUCAAUGCCAUCUCGGGCGUGCUCAUGGCCUUUGCACCCGAUUACACAUCCAUGCUGCUUUUCCGCCUGCUGCAGGGGCUGGUCAGCAAGGGCAGCUGGAUGGCCGGCUACACCCUGAUCACAGAAUUUGUUGGCCUGGGCUACAGAAGAAUGGUGGCGAUCCUAUACCAGAUGGCUUUCACGUUGGGGCUGGUGCUGUUGCCAGGGCUGGCCUACGUCCUUCCUCACUGGCGCUGGCUGCAGCUGGCUGUGUCCCUGCCCACCUUCCUCUUCCUGCUCUACUACUGGUGUGUGCAGGAGUCCCCCAGAUGGCUGUUGUCGCAAAAGAGAACCGCCCAAGCCAUAAAGAUCAUGGAACACAUCGCUCAAAAGAAUGGAACAGUGCCACCUCCUGAUUUAAAGGCGCUGUCUCUUGAAGAGGAUGUCACGGAAAAGCUGAGCCCUUCAUUCAUUGACCUGUUCCGCACCCCGCACCUGAGGAAGCACACCUUCAUCCUGAUGUACUUGUGGUUUGUCACCUCUGUGCUCUACCUGGGACUCAUCAUGCACAUGGGUGCCACAGGUGGGGACCGCCAUCUGGAUUUUUUAUACUCAUCUCUGGUUGAAUUCCCUGCGGCCUUCAUCAUCCUUGGCAUCAUUGACCGCAUUGGUCGCCUUUACCCAUUGGCUGUGUCAUAUCUGGUGACGGGAGCGGCUUGCUUCGUCAUGACUUUUAUCUCACAUGAUCUGCACUGGUUAAAUAUUGUAGUAGCAUGUAUUGGCCGAAUGGGAGUCACCAUCGUGGCCCAAAUGAUGUGCCUGGUGAAUGCUGAGCUGUACCCUACGUUCAUUAGGAACCUCGGAGUGAUGGUGUGUUCCUCCCUGUGUGAUGUGGGUGGGAUCAUCACCCCUUUCAUGGUCUUCAGGCUGAUGGAGAUCUGGCAAGACUUGCCCCUCAUUUUGUUUGGGGUGCUGGGCCUGGCUGCCGGGGGAAUGACGCUGCUUCUUCCGGAGACCAAGGGAGUUGCUUUGCCGGAGACCAUUGAGGAUGCUGAGAACCUCCAGAGGAAAGCAAAGCCCAAAGAAAACACGAUUUACCUUGAGAUCCGAACCUCAGAACUUACAGGCACCUGA